CCGUCCAUCCUCACUGCAUCUACUACAUCAUCCACCCACUCCUCUCUCCAUCUCCCAUCUGACUGCCAUCUCUCCCUGUCUCGUCACUGCUUUGCUCCUGCCGGGAAGAUGAUGUCGAUGAUGUUGUGACAAUGAGCCUGGCCAAUGAUCAAGCAUGAAGGGAAUGCAAGGGGUGUGUCCACUGUCUAGCUUGGGGCUGAUUCAGGAGUCAGAGAAGGGAGACGGAGAGAAGCAGGGAGGUAGAGAAGACGGAGAAUAUACACCGGCUUAAAAAAGGGGAGACGAGGAGGAGGAGGGUGGGUGGAGGCUGUCACCGCUCCACGGCGGAGCAGUCUGUGCUGUCAUGGACAAAUAUCGACCAAAGAGGCCCACCACGCUAGCUCUAAUGCCACAGCGACCACAAGCCGGCACCCAGGACACCAUUAACAACAAUUCUCUUGGGGAAAAGGAGAGCUGGAAGGAGUCCCGAUCUUCAUCCCCACACAUUAAAGGGGAUAAAACACAACCCGAUAGCCAAUCGAAAGCAGAGGACAAAGUCCGACCCCGCACCCGCCGCCCAGCCCCUAAACCUCCAACUGCCAAUGGGGCCAACAGUAGAGGCAGCACUCAAGCUGCAGCUGGUGACACGCGGGCUCGGCCACGAGACAAACAGCCGCUCGGAGCCACACACGCUCAGUCCUUGAGCGUGCCUCGGAGCCAACGGAGAGGUGGUGCAGCGGGGCCAGGUAGAGGAAGAGGGGGAGGGCGGGGAGCAGGUGGGAUGAGAGAGAGAAGCUUGGGGGACAUCAGAGGGAAGGAUGGAGUGACAUCAGGGAGAGAAGAACGAAGAGGUGGAAGACUGUGUGAUGAGUCCAAGGGCAAGGAGAAAGAGAAAACCAUACAUCAAAGAGCAAAAGAAGGAAAUGGACUGAAAAGCUCCGGCUCAGUUGGGAGUGGGAAACUAUGCACCAAAAAGGAAAACCUGACUGGACGGGGGAAGCCCAACAACUCGCUCCCAAACCAGGUUUACUUGACGGCCAUGGUGGUCCCACGCACACCCGUAGCACCAAGAAAAGAGGACAAGACCCAGGUCCAAGGCCAAAACCAUGACAGGAAAAGUCAAAAUACCACUGGCCGUUCCCAGUCUAGCAGAGAGGUGGUUUCCAACAGAAUGUCCCUCAGCUCAGACACAGAGGGACCUCCACCUGAACAUCCCCAUUUAUCGCAUCGAGCAAACCCUGACAUCCGGGAAGAAGAAGGGCAGGGUAAAUCUUCCACCCGGAAAGCUCAUCAAAGUACAAAAUCCUGCCCUGAAAGUGAUUCAAAAUCUGCGAAGGUCCAGUCAGAAGCCAAGCCAGUGCAUGGAAAGGAUGAUAAUGUGAAUGGGGCUGAGAGCACCAAAUCAGCCUCUCAAGGAGCUCUGGUAGGCGCACAAAAUGUACCAAAGAGCGAAGCAUCUGCAGUGUUAAAUGAGGACGCUGCCAAAAACACCCUGGCAGUUGAGGAACACACUCUGGUUGGCGUCAAGGAUUGCGUGAACACUAAGAGUGGACACAAUGAUGACAGUGAUGCAGAGACGGUCUAUCAGUCAGCCAAUGAGGAGGAAGAUCCUGAGUAUGAGGAGGAGAGGAAAAGGAAAGAAGAAGAAGCAAGGAAGGAAGGGCGGAGGAAAGAAGAAGAACUGAAAAGAAAGGAGGAGGAGAAGAGAAAGAUGAAAGAAGAGGACUUGAGGAGGAGGCGGGAGGAGGAAGUGAAGAGGAGAAGAGAGGUGGUGGCGAGGGUCAGCAAGCACCCCAAAAUAAUAAUGGCAACCAAAACAUCAGACCAAGAGGAGUCAAAUGCGGGGAGGGCAAGUGCCCCCAGAAGCAAGAAGUUCCUCAACCUGUUUUCUUCUGACAACUACAAUUCCACUGGUGCUGGCUCAUUUGGUGUGUUUUCUUGUAUUCUGGAUGGCGUGGAGCAACAGCAGAGUCACAGAGCGGUGUACAGGUUUGUCCCCCGCCAUUCUGAUGAGCUGUACCUGGAAACAGAUGACCCGGUCUUAAUUCUCAAGCAGUCUGAGGAUCUAUGGUGUCAGGGUUACAACAUGAGGACUGGAGCGACUGGAAUCUUCCCUGCUUUUUAUGCUGUCAGGCUAACCAGAAAUACUAACAAAGGACAAAAAGAUGGUUCCAUAGAGCAGUUCCUGGUGCGAUUCUUAGGUUCCGUUCAAGUCCCCAUCCACAAAGGCAGUGAUGUGCUGUGUGCAGCCAUGCGCAAGGUUGCAUAUAACAGACGAUUAGCAGGACAGCCUCCCUCGACCUGUGCGCUUGAAGUCAGCGUGAGGGGUGUGAAGAUCAGCGUCCAGGACCAGUGUCACGCUGCUCACAGGGGAGAGCAGUGUUUCCAUUUCUUUCAUUUGAAGAACAUCUCAUUCUGUGGCUGCCAUCCAAAUCAUAGCAAGUACUUUGGUUUCAUCACCAAACAUCCUGACCAACAGCGCUUUGCCUGUCACGUAAUGAUGGCAGACACAACUUUACAUCCUCUGGCCAAGUCAGUCGGGAAAGCCUUUCAGCAGUAUUACAAGGAACACAUUGGCUACUCUUGUCCCACCGAAGACAUCUUCAUUGAAUGACACUUCUUUUUGCUUCAAGCAACAGUAUGUUCUAAAUAUUAUUGAUGUGCAUGUGUAAUCCAUCUAGAUCAGGGGCUCCCAACCUUUUUGGAUUCAAAAUCUACUUUUCAAGCAGCCAACUGCCUGAGAUGGAUCAGUUCAAUGUUAACACCACAAACUCCCACACACCAUCUUUUCCAGCCUGCAGUGACUAACCAUACAACACUAGCCAUAACUGACCCUAAGAGGAACAAAACGUAAAACCAGAUAGAACACAGGUAGAUCUCUGAGUUUGAAAAAAGUAAAAUCAGAAAAAAAGUAGCUUAUUAAAAUAUUUUUAAACAGAUUUAAAAUACCUUCAUCAUAUGUUUCAAGUUUUCAAUUAGCUAUGGGGAAUCAAAAAUAAAAAACCUGGUUUUAAAAACAGUAUAGCAGCUCCAUUUUAAAUCACCCCCAAACAAGAUUUGAGAAUUCAUGCAGGUUAUGCGCUACUGUGACUCUUUUCUUUCUGAUAGGGUGCCCAAAUUCAAAAUAUACUAUAAUAAUGAAGUCCAGUUGGCUUGGAGGUAGUCUUGGUUUGUGGGGGGGAGGGAUUACAUCAUAAACUGGACCACUUCAAUGACCAAUGUGAGACUGCUUGCAUGUUUGAUUCUUCUUGUCUGCAUCCACAUACAGGCAACAACUUUUGCCCGUAUGUCACAUAGCCAUGUCUAGAUGGAAGGUUGGACCUGAUCAUGUGAACUAUCCAAAAUUGUAACGUACAGCAUACCUGCCCAGGACCACACAUACUCAAAACAUAAUGUACUUUAGGAAUAGGCCUGCAAGGUUAGAAAGACAAUAAAAUAAUGUUUAAACGAUCAAUAGAGACUGUUUAGCGACCAUAAAGGUGGACAUGAUUCAAAUGAUGAUGAUUCAAAUUUGACUCUUUAAUCGUGUUUAAAUACAUAUGAGUUCCUGCCACAAUAGAAGCUCUACGCGCCACCUUAAAGGGGAAGUCAACCCCAAAAUGUUCUUAAUAAUAUGUAGUAUGAGCCCCCACUCGUCAAGACCUAGUGUUCCGAUGAAUGUUUUGUUUAUGGAAUAUGAAUUAAAGAGGCAAAAUCCACUUGUUUUCAUCCAUCCCAGGGGGUAUCCAUUAUGCCACUUGCUGUUGAUUGAAAAUGACAUCACAAAUGCCAGGUCUUAACCAAUCACGGCUCAGCUUCAGAAAACUGGUGAGACAUAAUCGGUUGUGACCUGAGACCUGAAUAAAAACAGGUGGAUUAUGUCCGUUUAAGUAAUAUUCCACAAACAAAACAUUAAUCAGAACACUGUGUUUUGACUAGUUGCACAGGAAAAAUUAUUACAAAGAAAAUUUGACUUCCCCUUUAAACUAAUCCAUUUAGAGUACAUAGUGACUCUUGUUGAACAAAACUGUGUUCCUUUUGUUCCCAUAUUAUAUUUUUUUAUAUGAUUAUUUUUGUCUUUUGACUAAAAUUACAGUUUGCCUUGCUGUAAUAGUAGAUACUACUUGAAAGCACACAUUAGCAGUCGAUCUUUGGUCAUACUGCAAUCCUAGAUAUAAAUGAAGAGGGCAUGAAGUGUGCAUCUAUCCUCAGCAAGAUGCAUCACUUUUCAACAUUGUUUUGAGUAAAGUCAGCUGUAUGAACUCAAACUUCUCACAGUCCUUGUGCCUCUCCUGUCAUCAAAUUGUCAUCUUUAUUGACGCAGCACAGCCAAACAAGGGCUUCUUAAUAACUUCCAUUUGCUGUUUAAAAGCACUAUAAAGUAGUGUAUCAUAAAGUAAUGGCCCUGCUUUUUCUUUGCACAUACUGUAUGAAAACAAAGUGUUUAAAAAUAAUACAAACGUGUCACUUUUUAUCGUACAAUCCCAAGACAAUCUACUGUGGUUCAACAGUUCUGACAUUGUUUGUUUUUUGCCCACCACAAAAGUAGUGUUCUGAGUAGGGGUUGCACAACUUACAGAAGAAAAAAAAAUACAUAAUCUGAGAUAAUGCUUAAAAAUGUGUCCUCCUUUUGGGCCCAUCACAGCAGAACAUUUUGGGAAUUUGUCACGUUUGCAAUAAUGACUGACCUCUUCCUACAGCAGAAUAAUUUCCCAAUCUCCUUCCACCAUCAUUGUGAAAAAAAAUGUCAUGAUCUUCUAGCCUGACUUUUUUAUUGUUAUUCGUACCCCUUUACUGGUUUUCCAUCACUUCACAGAAGAUACACAUUCAGAAAUAGAAGACAAUGUUAAUCAAUUAAGCUCUUGAAGUCAUCUAAUUGAGAGCCCUCUUGCUGCAAGCAGCUCUGCUUUCUCCUCAAGCCAAAAACAUGUGAUUGGUGACCCAUCUACGUCCAAACGACUCUGAGUAGUAAAGUUGACAAAUGAAUUGGUCUGUACAACCCCUAUUCUUGACAUGCAGUUUUUUGUAAGCACUGUGUAGUGGCCUAGGUGUUCUGUGCAAUUGAGUGUAAUGUUCAACACCACCGCCUGUUGUCUUAGCAGUCAACAUUAUCCUCAGCCAGGGGCGCAGGUGGGAUUUUGGAAGUGGGGGUAUGGGGAGCAACUGAAGCUAAAAUAUUUGUUAUUGUGACUAGUUUCCCAACGUUACAGAACAAUUAACUGCCACAGCUGGGAUAGUCUACUUGACUGCUUUUUGAGACAAUGCUGUGAUUUCAUCAUUUUUCUCUUAUUCUGAACACUAAAACCGGCUACCUGUUCCCAGUAACUCCCCCUCCACAACCCCUUGCAUGGUAAAAAAAAAA